CGUGGCCAGGCUCUUUAUAUUCGCUCACUCUUCGAGGCCAACCGCAAUGUGACUGAUCCGAGACACCAAAGAGCUCUGUUGACGGAGACAGAGAAGCUACUGGAGAGCUGGAAGCACCCCGAUCCCUACACGCCCCCGACUGCUCCCGGAGGCUCAAAGUUCGAGCGAAACCUGCCAUCGCCUAUCCUCGACCGUGAGCCG